AUGGGAGCCGGGAGUCAGAAGACGGGAUACCAGCAGAUGGAAAUGGGGCAACCCUACAGCGACAUUCCCGCCACUGACCCAAGCGACAUGUACAUUCUCACUGGACGAGGAUUCGAUGUAACGGACUUUCUCAAAUUUUUGUGUGCCUGCCGAGAGGGUGACUUAUCUACUCUCGAGUCAAUUGUCGCCUCUCAAACUCGUUCGCCACAUUUCCUUCACCAUGGCCUGCUGGAUGCUAUAAAAAACGGCAGAGUCGACAUUGUACGUUAUCUUCUCCAGUCUGGAACACCGAUUGCGCGAAACACCCCAGAAACUAUUCUCAGAGCCCCAGCGAAUCAACAACUUGCGUUACUUCAGCUCUUUACUGAACACGGCUGCACAGUCAAUUCGCCAGAGCGCUUCCUCCCCAGGCUCAUUCAGACAAACAACGAACCACUACUUGAUUGGUUUCUGGAACAUGGUGCAGAUCCCAACCUUGGUGGCCCUGAAGGAGUCCAGACCAAGCUCUUAGGCUGA